AUGUUCAUCAACUGUGUGAUAUUGUUGAGUAUUGCGGUAGCCUCGACAUUUGCGCUAGGAAGUCUAAAAAAUAUAACUGUCACAGGACAGAUAGCAUGCAGCGAUCGGUCACAAAAAGAUGUUGAAGUACAGCUGUGGGAACGUGAUACAAUGGAUGGGGAUGAUUUGCUCAACACGACAAAGACUGAUAAUCGUGGACAUUUUCGAGUGUAUGGGGAGGAAAAUGAAGUGAAUAACAUCGAACCGUACCUGAUAAUUGUACACAGUUGUGAUAAUGGUGUUGUUAAUCCGAAAUGUUCGAUAAAGGAUGAAUACGAAGUUAAAAAGGAACAUGUGGGUGGUGUGUACGAUAUGGGCAUUGUGAGUUUGAAUAUCGUGAAGAAACGAAAAAGGAAUUGUGUCUGA